CUUCAAUCACCAAAACACCCUCAAAGCACACGCGCGCAUUAAAUAUCGAAUCAUCGCCGGACGGGGAUCGCAUGACCCCCCUGUCAUUGUUCUGUUUCCUCUGUACGGAGUAAAUAACUACGGAGUAGGGAGUAGGGAGAGCAUCUCUCCCCCUAGCUCCCGCCAUCGUGGUUCACCCAGGUUUGCCACCCUUGUUUAAAUAAUCCGGUCUCUAAGGUCUCUUGAUUUCCUUUGAAAGGCCGGGCGGGGAGCGGUUUACCAAGACAUUGUGAUAAACACCACAGCUCCCCCUCGUCAGUUGCUGGAGAAGCCAUGUCUCGGAGAUUCUUCUGUUUAUAUCGGGAAUAUGCACAAUAUUUCGCCAUCCGUGCGGGCCCCAUGGUUCUUUGAUGGUGAUGAAUCGAAUGUUCGUCGCUUGGCAGGCGGUUAACAAGAAUUAUUCUUUGAGAGAUGAGAUGCCGAUUUAAGGCGCUCCUGUAUUUAGGCCUUUGGGCGCAUAAGAGCCAGCAGCAAAGGACUCACCACUUGAAUAGAUAGGAUAGGCGAUCAUUCGAGCCUGUGGGAUUCAGGCUCUGGUGAUGGGGUUUUUAUAUAUUUUACCACUGCUUGCCAUAUGCCAUGCCUAGAUAUUAGCUUACGAAGGUAACUAUCUGUUCAAAACUCUUCGCACAACACCCCUCCCCUCCAAUAUAUGAGGCACAGGAACUUCGUCGCAUCCUUGCUUGGGGCGUACCAAACUGCGAGGGGCCAGGAGAGCCAACCACAGCGGCUAAACUUAUAACUAACUGGCUGAGGCGUCACCGUUUUUGCUGUGACUGUUGUGGCCGCAAGUGGCCACCCCACAGCCAGCACCAACAGAUGGCUUGCAGGCGGCGAUUCGUCAAAUAAUAAUGGCUCGCUCACGAAUCUCCAAGCCGGGGGUUGCUUGCUCCUCUGCAGAGGGGAGGGGGGUGGGUGGCUCGGGAGAAGCCGUCCAUUCCCCGGACAGAGCCAUGUCUACAAGACUCGUCUUGUGCAGAGUGCCCCAGGCCAAUAAACCAACCAUUGGUGCAAGUUUCUUGACAAGGAGAAUGGAGCGGAGAAAGACAGAUAAUUAUUAAUGGUAAAUUGAAGCCGGACUCCCGCGCAUUUCUAGUUUUUUAUUCUUUUCAAAGCUUUCAAAAGCGCCCCCAACUUGACCACUUGAUACCGUGUGCGUGUGUUCCCUCAUGUUUUCCCUCUCGUGCAGUUGUUGUUAUUAUUUUUAACUCAGCCCCCAUCAGACCCAAACCGAUCGGACAAACACAGCGAGCCUCGUUCUGCUGUCGAGAGCUGUUGAUCCCGAUCCUUGUUAGGCUGUUGAUCUACUCCGUAGACGUAGCGUAGGAGAGAGCGAGCUAACUAGCAACUGCCAACCAACCCUUUUCGAGGCCGUGGCGGUUGUUCGAGCUUCUGUUGCUUGAUUUUCUGUUCCAGCUCUUGAUCAGCCUUUCCAUCAUUCGCAAUUGCCACAGGGUCGCGGAUAUCGAGAUUUUGAAGACUGACCUCUUCCAGGGCUAUCGUAGCUGAAUGCAUGUAUAUCUCCUGGGGUACCGCCAGUGAAACAGCAAGUUCAGCGAAUACCACGGAGGCCCCCCUGCUUCCAGGUGUCGCUGGUGAACAUAUCCUUGUUCUUUUGUGCCGUGAUUGUUGUGAUCGUUGUUGUUUCUUCUUGACAAACCAGCGCCGUACAGCAUGAGGCCGCAAGUGCAGGUUCUUAUUGCGGAUAAUAAUAAUUAUGAGCCUCAGAACUCCCGCAACCGGUAUUCGUACCUAAACACUCCAGCUGAGUUCCAUGCGCCGACAUUUCCCCCACAAGAUCAGCAGCAGAGACAUCCCUCGCUGCCUGUGAAUGCGGCAGACCAGCCUCUACCGCCACCGCUCGAUCACUACGCUCAUACCCGCUCAUCGUCGAAUAUGCCGACGAUUGUGCAUCACGAUGUGCCCGAGAAAUCCGCCUCCCUGCACGCUCACACACAAACAGCUCCGCCAUUAUCAGAGCACCCGGCACAGUUUGCUCCAUACGCAGAUAGUAAUCCAGAGCAUACGACAAUUGCCCCUCGCGACUCGAAAGUCGCGCCGUUUCCUCAGCCCCCUCCCAGCAUCGCCGUCUUACCGUCACACGACCAGUUCGCAAACAAGCCCCUUUCAGCCGCCCAGGAACAAGAACGACGGGAAAAGGACAUGGCCAUCCUGCCCGACACCAAUCCACUGGAAUCACAUACUUCUUUCACCAAACCCGGACCUAAAUCUAUCAAGCCUUCUUACCCCAUGACCCCAAUUACAAUACCGGACACCUACGAUUUGAGCCAUUUCCCUGGCCAAGUGCCGCAUCCAACUCAACGAUUGAAAGGCGAUACAUGGAACUAUGGGCUUUGCGACUGCUCGGAUAUAGGCACCUGCUGCUUGGGACUCUUUUGUCCAUGUAUUCUGUAUGGCCGAACACAGUACCGACUGAACAGAAAGUCAGACCGAAAGGAUCCUACGAAUUUACUUGGCUAUGAAACAUGCAAUGCGUCUUGUACUGCGAUGGCUCUGCUCUGUGGAUGCCAAUGGUUGUUAGCAUCAGUUCAACACUCCCGCAUACGCCGUGCGUACGGAAUCCCUGGCAGCAUUCCAUCAGACUGCGUUCGAGCGACAUGCUGUACAUGCUGCACACUCAUCCAAGACGAGAGAGAAAUCAAGACGAGAGAAGAAGGCGUCCGAGAGACCGUGUCAACACCAUACCUUCCGCCUAGCCAUAUGACCUUCAGUCCGCCGCCGCGGUGAUUGACUUCUCCAUCUUUAGCGCUUCGAAAUCUAAGAUCGCGUACCAUACCGAUAGUCCUUGAUAUCACGAUUGUUCCUCUCCUAUUCCCCCAUCCAAGGCCCGAUCGAUACCAGCCUAUCAUAGAAACCAAAAAUUUUAUAUAACGGCCGACUUUGUGCUACAGUUUAUCCCCGUCACCUCGUGUCUCUUUACGCUGGCCCAUUUAUCCGACACAUCUUCUCAAUUUUCCUAGCUCUUUCCGGCACUUAAAUUAAUUACUAACUACCAUACCCACCCCAGAUGAUUGAAACGAACACAAGUUUGAAUUUAUUGAUCUCCAUCAGAUACCCCCUUAUUCCAGUUUGGAACUACUUUUCAACAGAUUAUUCUUCCCCCUUUUAUUGGCUUUUUUCCUUUUAUUGGCUUUUUUCCUUUUAAACAAUUUUUGGUUCAUGUAUAAUGUUUUAUUUAGCUUCCACCCGUACCC